UGAAUGUUCAGGGUGGGUCUCUGUUCCGGAUUGAGCUAUAUUUGAAGAGCUUUGUGCAGAGCUUUUCAUGAUUCAAAUUUCAUCCUAUUGGAGCUCUGCUUUAAGCAUUGGCGGAUCCCUGUGUUUGGAGGUGUAUCAGUUUAGCUCUCCCAAUCGCAAAGGAUUUCCGCAAUCCUGCUGCUCAACCGGAAGGCAGCAGUCGGGCAGCAACUAGGCAUGGCCGUAUGCGAGGAGGAUGCAUGUUCCAGCACUGCGUCUGUUGAGUCUCCUACUGAGGAGCCUCUUUUGCUUCUCUGUCCACGGAAGGGAGACGACAGCGGCGAUCAAACAGGAUCCACACAGUCGCAGGGGUCGGGACUGAGUAUGCAAGAUGCUGCACAAGUUCAGAGUUAUGCGCGCUGCCCGCCCUGGGGGCCUGGCAGCUCGUUCAGAAGGGUCCAAGAGCUGUGCCAGUGGUUGGGCUGCUUGCUGCUAGUGAAGAUUGAUCAGUGCAAGUUUGGGGGAAGAAGGGCGUUCAACACAAAAGAUUACGAGCCAUGCAAACCUUUUACAGCGAAGCUGCAGAUUGGACCAAACGUAGGCGCACACUUUGUCAAGAUUCCAAACAAGCACCUCUUUGAUAUUUUUGCUCGGCAAUGCGACCUGUGGGAGCACUCGGUAGGGACGGAGAAUGAGUACGACAAGUUCCUGUUGUACAGAGGCAAGGCAAUGGCCAAGGUCCUUGGGAUGGAUCUCGACGAGCUUCCUCCUGUCACGGUGUCGCAGUACGUUUCGAAAGAACAUUGCAGGGGCGUUGAAGUGCAGAAGCUAGAACUGAUAUACAACCGGAAACGGAAGACCAUCAAAAUCGAGGUUUUCUGUACUCCGUAUUUUGGUGAGAAGCAAUGGUGGUAAUGAGGAGGUUUCACUCCUGGCUCAAGGACAGUCCGAGGGCACACUGGCUGAAUCGUCGGUUUUACAAAAGGGUAAACGAUUAGAAAGAAGCAGAGAGAUUAGGGCUGCAUGUAUGAAGGGUUUUGCAGCUGCUUAAGCAUUCAAAUAGCUACAUUUAGAAGUCUCAACCUCAUUGCCCUCACUUGGUGAAUCACCUGCUGACCGGUCGAAGAUUGGUUUUGAGGCAUACAUGUGUUUUUGUUGAAGGAGCAGGAGAGAAGUGAUUGCACUGCCAGGAUUAUAGUACAGUGAUGUAGGGAACUUAAACAGACUGUGAAGAACUGUCAAGACAUACGUUGUCAUGCAAGGAUUACUAUGAUUGCAUCAACCACCGGUUCGAUCAACUACCGGUACUGCAUUUAGACAAGAGUUCCAUCCAUACGAU